CUUAUGGGUCCUGCACUUAUGGCAGUUGAUCUCACGUAUUUGAGCGGUAAGAGAUUGUAAAGGUUCAAACAGAAGGAAGGAAAUCAUUUUGUAACUAGUUCUACUUUUGUGCAAUAGAUUGGGUCAACAGCUACAGAAUGGGUGAUUUUUACGUCUAUAUUGCAUUUAUUGGCGUUACGAGUUUGUGGAGUAUAUUUGGUUUCAUCAUGGCCCUUACAGUAAAAAUACAUUAGAAUUUCCAACACUUGCUUGAAAUGUGAGAACAUUUGCUUACACCAUUUAAUUUGAUGUAUAGAAAUCCGUCGGCGGAGUCACAGUUACAAGUACAUCCUGAUGGAUACUUGUCUUCAACGCGAUCCAAGUCGGUUCUUUUGGUGGGAUCUAGGUUUCAAAGAAAACGACGAUAUGCGACGAGUCCGUGCUGCUUGUGAGAGCGAAUGGAAGAGUUUUUCUACUGAGCGAAUUGCUUCUUGGCUAGCCUAUACGGUGCUCUCGUUUAUUUGCGUAUACAUCAUAUUCAGAUUCCAGCGUCGUCUGACUGCCGACAGAAGACACAGAAAAUUGGUUUCAUCCGACGAUCACAGUGAUCAGUGGUCUGAUGAUGAUAAUACGGCGAACGAGAAACAAAAUAGCGCAGGAAAUAUCACUUAUCAUGAAAAUCAAGAAUCGGGCAAUAAGAAAUCUGAUUUUUCCAAUAUGAUGCAUCGACAGCGUCAGAAAUUGUUUGACGAAAUUGCUAAACAUCCUGAAGUUUAUACUCCUCCUCCUAUGCCUCCUUCAAAUAGUGAGAACAAUAAUGGUGAACAAUCCGAGUCAUGGAACAGAUACAAGGGUAGCGGCAAUGGUGGCGGCAAUAAUGAUUCCGUUACGCUUCAAGAUGAUGAAGAAAUGAUUGAAAGACAGAAAAGACUAGAUCAGCUCUCUUCUGAGCGUAUAGAUUACGAAAUGUAUCGGUCUGAUGAAGCUAGCAACUUUGCAAACAAGCAGAAGCCUGACGAAGUUGAACAUGGUCAAGAUAAUGAUGACAAUCAACAAUGGACUACUGUCAGUGGUGCUUCUGUUCGAAAGAGACCGAAAUCAGGUCGCUGGGCCAACAUCACUGAUAAUAAGAAUAUGUACAAGCCUUUGGCUUCUGCUACUCCCCAUAAUGAAGAUGAUAGUGAGUAUGAAGAUACUGUGGAUCAACAAUUGAUGGAUCCAGGUCAUGAUUAAUCGUUGAAGGUUUCUGUAAAUAUGAAAAUAAUCACAAAAAAUAAAAGUAAUUGUCGCUUUGUACAUUUUUUUUUUUUUUUUUUUUUU